CAUUGCGCGAUUUGGGGGUGCCAGCACGCGGCGCUGCAAGACAGCGAUUCCAGCGGAUCACUGUGUUUCCGACGCGUCCCGCUGGCGCAGAGCGAGCGCAGGCGCACGUGCCGCUGCGGAAAUCUAGAAGGCUUGGAUUUAGGGCGCGCGGCGCGGCCAGCCACCCAAGCCGCCCAGCCUGCGACGCGGGAGGUUCCCGGCGCGCGCGGCACCCAGUCGCAUCGCGGCUCCACGCCAUCGACGCGCGCGAGCCUGCGACGAGCGCGAAGCUCGGACCGCGGCGACUUAAACAGCGCGGCGGAUAAAGAUGGGCUGCUCGAGCUCGAGCGCGGCCGGCGCCGCCGACCCUAAACAAACCGAGGACAACGGAGCCACGGAAGUGAGGACGCCAGCUCAAGAAAGGUUCCCGUUCGACUGGCCGAGCGGCGCCGAGCAUGUGGGGUACCUCACGGAAAGGCAAGUCCGAGCAAGGCUCAAGACGCAACCCGAACACACCGUGGAUCUGGGCCAGGGCUUCACGUUACGAUGGGCGGCCGCUUCGCAAAGGGGCUACUACCCGUCGCAAGCCGAUAAAGCGAACCAAGAUGCCUUCCGAGUAGAAGAAGAUAUGGAGGGCCCCAAGAAGCACUGGUUCGCCGUGUAUGAUGGGCACGGUCCCGUCGGCGAGAAGUGCUCGCGCUUCGCGUGCGAGCACGUGGCCAUGGAGUUCUGCAAGCAAUUGCGGUCCGGCGCGACGAAGGAGCAGGCCAUGAGCCGGGCGCAUACGUCGACGAACACGGCCUUGGCUCAGUCGGCCAUUGAUGACCAGCAGUCGGGGACUACUGCGGUGACGGCCUACUUCGACGGUCUCGAUCUACUGGUCUCGAACGUUGGGGAUAGUAGGGUCAUGCUCGGGUCCGUGGAUGCCCAGGGCAAGUUGAUACACAAGGCCCUGUCGACGGAUCAAACGCCUUACCGAAGAGACGAAAGGGAAAGAGUCAAGGCGUGCGGCGCGCGCGUGAUGACGGCGGACCAGAUUGACGGCGUCGAGCCGAUCCACGAGGUUCGUGUCAGUGUUGUGAAUGGUCUUGAACUUGAUCUGGUGUCCUCGCGAUGGCGUCGCGUCGAUGGCGUCGACGCGAUGCCGCGCCGCCUCGACGCCGUCGACGCGGCCGCGAGAGAGUCUGCGCGUCUUGCCCCCGGCUCUCGUUCCCGCCACGCCAUCGCCGCGACGGCCCCUCGAGUGUUUCGUUCACACGCAGGACUGGGACUGCGCGUUAGGUGAUGAGAUCGACGACGGCGGCGACCCGCCGCGGAUCUGGGCCCAGGACCAGGAGUACCCGGGCACGGCCUUCACGCGGUCCAUCGGCGACAGCCUGGCCGAGUCGCUGGGCGUCAUGGCCGAGCCGGAGCUCGACCAUCACCAGAUCAAGCCGAAUGAUAAAGUCCUCAUCGUGGCUUCCGAUGGUAUAUUUGAGUUCAUUACGACCAGAGGGUGUUUGGACAUGGCGUUGCUCUACAACAACCCGCUCGAGGCCUGCCUCGCGCUAGUCGGCGAGUCGUACAAGCUCUGGAUCGAGCGCGAGGACCGGACCGACGACAUCACGAUCAUCGUGGGCUUCAUCGAGCAGUCCGGGGCCAAGCGCGACCACGGCGUCGGCGUCGAGGAGGUCGCCAUCGAGGAGGGCACGGCGGAGAUGAAGAAGAAGAAGACGCGCCGCGGGUCGCUCGGGGGCAAGGCGCAGUAG